AUGGACACUCUAUACAUGAAAGGCGAACUCCUUCAAGUCCACACCAAAAACAGUGAAGUAAUCGAAGGCAGAUUCUACAGCAUCACUAACGAUAAAUCGAAAAUAUCUCUCUAUGAAGUCAAAGAAUUGCCUAACACUAAACCAAAUGAGAGUGUGUGUCACUACUAUGAACCAGAGAUAAGAGACAUAGUGAGACUUAAAGAGCCUGAUCUACAGACAUAUUUGAAGAUUUCACAAAAAGAAUAUGAGGAUAUUAUAAAAAUAUCAAAAAAGUAUAUAUACAUUAACCAAGUAGAUCAUACCUUUCAUGAAGCUAUGGAAGAUAUAAAUCAGUAUAAUUACAUAGCUGUCAGCACUGAUGGAGCAAAUAUGGGGCGUAAAUGUAAGAUGCCUUUUUUAGUGCUUUCUACACCACACCAGAUAUAUAUUUAUGAUAUUCAAGUAUUGCAAAAUCAUGGGUUUAAUGCUGGUCUGAAGGAACUACUGGAGAGUGAAAGCCCUAAGAAGAUUGUCCAUGACUGUAGAAAGUUAUCAGACUGCUUAUUUCACAAACAUAAUGUGACAUUGAAGUCAGUAUUUGAUACUCAGGUAGGAGAUAUAAUCAUCACAAAAAACAAGAUGGGACGCAUUGCAACUAAUAAAGUGAAAUCAUUGUCAAAAUGCCUAAAUACUUAUUUAGGUUUGAAACACAACUUUAUUGAGGAAAAACUGGAUAUAGUGCAGUGCACUGAAAGACCUCUGUCACUGGUCAUCAAAGAAACUCUUGCAAAGAACAUUUGCUUCUUGCAUCGUCUUUCGGAAAUGAUAAAUGACCAAAUGAUGUUGCCUUUCAUAAGGGGAGUGGAAUGUUAUGUGGAAAACCUCAGAUCAUGUGAUGAUUUCAAAGCAUGGGAGCUAUGUGGCAAGCAAGAUCAAAUACCAAAGGAUUUUAUGAAUGCAAUUGAGUAUUAAACAUUCCACAAUAAAGUGUAGAAGUAG